AGCAAUGAUUCAGAGAAGAUGGGGUGCCUGAGCGCUGGUCAGACUUACGUCAGUCCUGUUGUUAAAUACACGCUUUUCUUCUAUAACUUAUUAUUUUGGCUCAUAGGACUGGUGGCAGUGGGGCUAGGAGUGUGGGCAUUUGUGGAAAAGACAAAAUAUGCUGAAGUGAACAUCAAUGGGGUGGCUGACCUUCUCUUUGACAUCUCCAUCAUCUUCAUUGUUGUCGGCAUCAUCAUUUUUUUCCUAGGCUUCUGCGGCUGCAUUGGUGCCCUCCGUGAAACUGUUAUUCUGCUCAAAAUUUAUUACAUCGCCUUGGUGGUGAUAUUUCUGGUGUUGGUAGCUGGCUCAGUCAUGGCGUUUGCCUUCAAAGAUCAGAUCAUUACAGCCUUAACCGAUGAACUGAAGGACACUGUUAUAACAAAAUACCACGAUGACCCAGAGCUGCAGGGCAUUGUGGACUGGUUUCAGGAAGAGUUUCAGUGUUGUGGAGCCAGUGAAGCAGGAUAUAAAGACUGGAACAAAAACAUGUAUUUUAACUGUACGAGUGCUGACUCCACAGCAGAGAACGGCUUCAACUCUAUCAAAUGUGACGUCCCUUAUUCCUGUUGUAGGAACCCUGACAGCUUUAAUAUUGGUUUGCCAAAUUUGCUGUGUGGAGCUGACAUGCUGCAGAAAUUAAUAAGUACAGCCAACAAAGAGAUCUACACGGAUGGGUGCGUGGACGCUGUGAUCAAGUGGGCAGAACAGAAUCUACACAUAGUGGGGAUAAUUGCAGUCUGCGUGGCAGUGCCACAGCUGGUGGGAAUAUUCCUAGCUCGUGUUCUGGAGGGUCAGGUGCUGGAUCAGAAGGCCCAGUGGGAGUACAGUCGUCGCGUGUAACCCUCCCCAUCCUCAGCCGCCCACCCAUCAUCACCACCUCACCACGUCUGCGAUUCUUUCGUUUCACCGCUUACACAGCCUAACCUCGCACAGUGAGAUCUAACAUUGUCAGAUCUCACAGUGUUAGGACCUAAUUUUAUGUGACCUCAUUGCAUGUUGCCUAAAAUUAUCAGACGCUGCAGAGUCUGGCCUACUUUUGUCAGACCUCACUGUGUCAGGCCUAAAAUUGUCAGACCUCAUUCUGUGAAGUCUGACGAUUGUUAGGCCUGACACCAUGAGGCCUACCAUUGUUAGACCUCAGUGUCAAGCCUACAUGUAACAUUGUCAGUCCUCACGGUGUCAUACGUAGAUGUAACAUUGUCAGACCUCACAAUGUCAAGCCCACAUGUAACCUGUCAGACCUCACAGUGUCAAGCCUACUUGUAACAUUGUCAGUCCUCACAGUAUCAGACAUACUUGUAGCAUUGUCAGACCUGACAGUGUCAAGUCUACAUGUAAUAUUGUCAGACCUGACAGUGUCGGGGCUACCAUUGUCGGACAUCACAGUAUCAGACGGAAAAUUGUCAGACCUCACAGUGUUGGGCCUACCAUUGUCAGACCUCACAGUGUUGGGCCUACCAUUGUCAGACCUCAGUGUUGGGCUUAAUACUGCCCAUCCCAAACUGUCAGACCUUACAGGGUCAGAUUUUUAAUUGUCGAAUCUCAGGCCUAAUGGUAGGCGUUGUGGUGUAAAAACUUACAUGUAACUGGUAAAAUAGUGUAUGAGAUAUCACUAUGUCAGACCUCAGAGUGUCAGACAACAUGACACACUAUGAGGCCAAGACAGAUGACACAGUGACACCCCACAGUGUCAGAUACCAUGUCUAGCCUCAGUCUGUUAGGUUUCCUGGAGUUUUCCAACGGUGUAUGUGGCCUGUUUAGGUUGAAGCCAGAGUUGUUUAAGAACAACCCCUGGAGUUCUUUCUCGUCCUAAGUAUUACGUCAGUUAACACGGCCUUAUACAUUGUACAUCUAUAUUUAUUCUACCAACGGAUCUACAUAUAAACUGAUAUAUACGUGAUAUGUCCAACUGUGACAACUGUUUAUCAUAUUGAUGCAUGAAUAUGUGUGUGUGUGAAGUGCUCGUCUGAAUGUUGUUACUUCCUAAUAUGGCUCUUUGUCAUUUUCCUGCUUUGGGUACUGGUGUACUUAUUCUGUCAUCUCCAUGCCUUUUCUACUGAAUCUAGGGUGCAUGAGUUCAUUCUGGACCUGUACUGUAAAGAAUAGCACAAGCAGAAAGUAAAAGUAAUCCUUUAUCCUUUAAAACAUAACAUUGGACACAUGUAAUACGGUACUUUGAUGACACUUAGCCUGAUCAUCUUGUCUACAAUUAUAAUUCUACACUAAAUUUACAAUAUUUGUGAAAAGCAGAGCAUGCAGUAUGUUAAAAGCAACUUGUUCAUUGUCAUAUGUGGCUUAUCUGAUCAAGAGUUCAGGAGCAUGUUGUAUUUUGCAGUGAUUUAUUAUCAGUUUGGGAAAUGUUUGCUUGCUUGCUAUUUUACCUGUGCCAAAUGGUGUCAUGUCAAAGGUCAUGUUGCAGGCUUCAUACAGGGUUGGGCAUCAUCCAUCUUCCUUGUCACAUGCAGUACAGAUGUUUCCAAACCAAAUUCAUACCAGCGAUCAAUAAUCUGAUAAUAAUAUCAAUAAUAUACUGAUCUUUAUCCAAACCCGACAUUUAUUCUUCCUGCUGAGGCAGUAAACUGAACAAGUCAUCUGUUUGUCCGAAGCAGUAUUGUCAGGCAUGGAACACCCUACACUUAGACAUAUUGAACCCAGUUAUGGCUGUUACAUGGAAUGGCAUUCAGACAGUCAUCAUAUGUCCACCUUCCAGCCAUAAUAAAUACAGGGUAUUAGACUACAAACUGGCUGCUGAGUAUCUAUGGUCCCCCAAGCACAUAGACCAUUCAGACCCCACAUCUUAUGCCAACCCUCCAACACAUCCGAUGUCCCACCACCCCUUCUCAUGACAGUGUUACUUUCCAUUCCAUUCCGGUCCAUUCACAGAAAGAUUGAACAUUGUAACCGAUGCGUGGGACAUCUGGUUAAUCUAUUUGCAGCAAUACUGCGUAUGAUUGGCCAUUUGUAUGUUCCUGAUUGACAGUUCCAAUAGGUAUGUUGGAU